GGACAUUGCUUGAAACGGUGCCCAUACACUGAAUCUUGAAACGCAACACCAUAGCCUGACAGCAGUGGUAACGAUUUGGGACUCGAGAGGUCUUCAGCUAAGGAUACUAUGCUCUUACCAGCUCAUGACGUCAAGAUUGGACCUCGUUGCAAUCCUCUGCCAUUCGAUCUUCCUGGGGCGGUGAAUAUCGAACAAUAAUCGUGAUAUUCAGGUUGGUGGGUUCGCCUUCCUUGGGCUUCCGAACUCGAAAUCAAGGGUAAGAAAUCUAUAUGCUACAAAGAGCUUCCCAGACUGCUGCCACAACUCUUUCGUUAAAUCCCGUUGGAGCCCGAACCAUGUCAUCCUCAAGCCAAGCUCCACCAUUUGGUCCAGCUGUACACUACACAUCUAAACAUCUCUUCUUCUACGGCUACGAACUUCAGCUUCCAGAAGCACGGCUGCAAAACUGGUACCCAGCAAGUUUCACAGAUCCUAAGUUUCCUGGCAUUCGGUUCCAGACCGGCGAGCAUUAUAUCAUGUACCGCAAGGCGCUUAUCAUGGGCGAUGAUUCCAUAGCCGAGAGGAUCUUGAAUGCUGCAACGCCGAAAGAAGCGGGAAAGUUGGGACGUGAAGUCAAGUACUACGAUGGCGACAAAUGGAAAGAGGCUGUCGAUGAGGUCGCUGAGACGUGCAACUACCUGAAGUAUAGUCAGGUCGAAGAGUGUCGGCAGGCGCUGCUCGAUUCUGGGAACAAAUUUCUCGCGGAAGCCAGUCCUGUUGACAGAAAUUGGGGCAUUGGAUUUAGAGGGGAUGAGGCAGAGGGCAAAGAAGACGAAUGGGGAAGGAACCUGUUAGGCAAGGCAUUGAUGAAAGUGAGAGAUCGCCUGCGCGAAGAAGCUGCGACCCAAUAGUCUUGACAGAGAUGUCCGAACGAUGAAGAAGCCGAAUAGAACAUCAAGACC